AUGAGCAAGCGCUCUUUCGAGGAGUUAAGGGGUCCUCCCGAAGCAGAUCACAAUGGUCUGCUGGCCAUCCAAGAUUUGCUCUCUCCCGAUGAGCGAGAGCCAACUCCACCAUCCGGACCCUCAGGCUCCAAGAAGCCCCGGAACUUCAUCGCCACGGUGGCCUGCGAAACAUGUCGCCUGAAGAAAACCCGAUGCGACGAGUCGCGGCCGAGAUGCGGGCUCUGCAAGACCCUCGGUCUCGAGUGUGUUUACAAUGAGCGCAAAUCAUCCAAACGAGACCAAUCUUUAACGAUGAUCAUGAGUACUCUUCAUCGCCUGGAGACAAAAUUGGAGAACAUUCCAUCAUCCAUAUUGAAUGACAUUCGUGGCCAAGUGCACCAUGUUGUCGAUAGUCCCAACUCGGCACAUCAAUCGCCUGCAGCUCGCGAUGAUAAUCAACCGGCGGCGAUGUCAACAUCGCUCAGCUUUACCCCCGCAGCCGGGGAUGGAUAUGACUUUGACUUUGAAGAGAACAACGCCACUCCAGAUGCCUCCGGCCGUACCUCUAUCUCAUUCAGCCAACACGGAGUAAUUCUCUGGCCGGGUGCGCGGCAGAUCCUUCCUGAUAAAUUACUGAAUUCCUACAAGAUGCUCGGAAAGAACUACGUGAUCGAGUUGGAAUCGACGCGACCACCACUCCCGAUGUUCACCGACCCAUUUCCCCUACACGCCGGAGAGCACUGGCUGGAAGUUCUCCCUAUCACAAUGAUCAAGGGCCUGGCCGAUGCCUUUUUCAGCGUGUUCAACCCCUUUACUCCAAUUAUGGACAAGAGCUUUUUCUUCUCCUUUACCCUUGGCUCUGCUAUUGAGAGCAACUUCGGGUAUACUAUGGAGAGCUGUAUAGUUCUCAAUGUUCUUGCACUGGGCUGUUUAGCUGUAUUGGCCUAUCAGGAGGGGAACUAUUCAUUGUCUGAUUCUCGUGGAACGAAUUUUGAGCCACCGGACUGGAUGAAUGUGGUAUACGAGGAGCAGUCUGGGCUGAGGUUUUUCAACGAGGCUCGUCGACGCAUUGGCUUCUUGAUGUGCGACAACGACAUACAAAGCUGUCAAUUCUAUAUGCUAUCCUCGAUAUACUAUAGCCAGAUACUUCGGCCAAUGGACGCCUGGGCUAUGAUCCAUCGUGCUGCAACGUGUUGUUUAUCAAUGCUAACGAACCAUGAUGUGAACUUCGACCAAUGGGAAGGCGACAUGAAGUCUCGCGUCUACUGGAACUGUCUCAUGAACGAAACCAUCCUUGUCCAAGAACUUCACCUCCCACCAAGUGGUCUAUCGCGCCUCGAAGAGCGAGUUCCAAUACCCAAGUUCAUUGGCUUCCAAACAACAGGCUACAUUUCAACCCGAUACCCAUCAUCGACCCUAGUCGACGAUUCAUACUUCCAAUACCACUUCCUCGCACAGGUGGCCCAUCGAAUUAUUCUCACUCGCAUCCGCCAUUCCCUCUACUUCUACUCCGAUUCGGGAGCAAUUCCUUUGCCCGCCGUCAACACUGAACUCCACCACCAACUUGAACAAUGGCGCACCAACCUCCCACCCGCCAUCAAAUUCUCCGACCCCCAACCAGCAACUUCACAUCCCACACCUGUCGACCCUUCAACCUCCAUCCACCCGUCACCAUCUUCAGUUGCAUCUCCAAUCCCCGCUUCGCCUCGACCACAAGAUCCACUUCGCCCCCUCUCCCCAGCAGUGGCGGUCACAGACGCAAUGCUGCGAGGUCGACAUAUGAUCGCUCAGUUCCACAUCGGCCGACCAUAUCUGUACAAGGCACUUCGAAUUCCGAAUCUCCUCACCGAUGAUGAUCUAGAGCAGAUCAAGAGUGGGUUGCGAAAUGCGAUGGACUGGCCUGUCACGCAGGGGAUAUUCCGGAAGAUGAAGAGUUGCAUCCCGAUUAAAUUUGCUUUUUGUUCACAAUUUUUUGGACAGAUCCUGCUCUUCUAUUGCAUUGCACACUCGCCUAGUGCACGUGUCCGUGAUACAUUGCCUGCAGGCUGGGAACGCUGGAAUGAGGAGAUGUUGCAUUUCCUGGAUGACUGCGCACGACAUAGUCCUGCCGUGGCGCAGGAUCUAGAAUUGCUGCGGUCAUUGUGGCCGGUGCAUGAGUAA